AUGCUCAACUGCAGCAAGUGUAUGCAGCCGAUCGGCGAGGUGGGUCCGGUGCUGGCGUUGAAUAGGCGAUGGCAUCCGGGCUGCUUCGUGUGUGAGGAAUGCAACUGCAACCUCGUGGACAAGCCCUUCGCCUCCAAGUUGAACGCACCCUAUUGCGAGUCCUGCUUCGCUAACAAACAUCGUCCCAUGUGUGAGAAAUGUUCAGAACCAAUCGAAAGUGAGCAGAAGUACGCGGUGAUUGGUGGAAAGCCCCACCACGCCACCUGUUUUGUCUGUGAGGUCUGCCAGAAGGCCCUCUACGGCGGCAAAUACGCAAGUAAAAAUGGUCGAAUCACGUGCCUCGCCCACCGCUGA